ACGCACCGUCGGCAUCCGCUUCCUGUUCCCGGCGUCGUCCGGCGUCGUCCGGCGUCUCGGCGCGCGCCGGUGCGGGCCUGGGUCACGUGCUGGGGGCAGCGGGAAGGCGGCGUUCUUGUUUCCUGGGCCCCUGUCCGCCAUGUUUUCAGGCCGGCUGAGCGUCGGUGUUUCCCCGUGAGGAAAUGGCCGGGGAGUUUCGGGGAGCCCAGGCGCCGGGGCCUCGGCGGCGGAGCCCAGGCUGACCCGGAGCGGUUGUGCGCGGGGCGGGAGGCCAUGGCGUCCGGCAGUAACUGGUUGUCCGGCGUGAACGUCGUGCUGGUGAUGGCCUACGGGAGCCUGGUGUUCGUACUGCUGUUUAUUUUUGUGAAGAGGCAAAUCAUGCGCUUUGCAAUGAAAUCCCGAAGGGGACCUCAUGUCCCCGUGGGACACAACGCCCCCAAGUUACAAGAAGAAAAAUCUGCUGGGGCUCUGGCAGCCCUUUUAAGUGAGAGAGAUGGACGUGGACUUAACAGUGGUUGCUUCGGGGACUUGAGAGAGGAGAUUGACAUUCGGCUGUCCAGGGUUCAAGACAUCAAGUAUGAACCUCAGCUCCUUGCAGACGGCGAUGCGAGACUGCUCCAGCUGGAAGCCCAGGGAAAUCAGAGCUGCUACAACUACCUGUACAGGAUGAAAGCCCUGGACGCCGUCCGCGCCUCUGAGAUCCCGUUUCAUGCUGAAGGCAGGCAUCCCCGUUCCUUAAUGGGCAAGAAUUUCCGCUCCUACCUGCUAGAUCUCCGGAACACUAGUACUCCUUUUAAGGGUGUGCGCAAGGCCCUCAUCGACACCCUGCUGGAUGGCUAUGAGACAGCCCGCUAUGGGACGGGGGUCUUUGGGCAGAGUGAGUACCUGCGCUACCAGGAGGCCCUGAGUGAGCUGGCCGCCGUGGUCAAAGCACGAAGCGGGAGCUCUCAGAGACAGCACCAGUCAGCCGCCAAAGACCUAACCCAGUCUCCUGAAGUCUCCCCGACAACCAUCCAGGUGACCUACCUCCCUUCCAGUCAGAAGAGUAAACGUGCCAAGCACUUUCUUGAACUGAAGAGCUUUAAGGACAACUAUAACACACUGGAAAGUACUCUGUGACGGGCUGACGGACACUGCUCCUGCUGCUGGUGGCCUCAGGUCAUCUGGCCGGUGGGCGCCGGUCAGCCGAAGUCCCACCUCGUCCAGAGCUCGUAGGGUUCACGCCUAGAGGAUCAUUCUCCAACCUGUUCUUAUGGCCAGUUUCAGAGAAUUGGUUAGGACUUGAUUUUCCCUUGGUAGCACUUUUUUCUGGAGUUGAAUUCAGAUGUUUUAAUGUUUCCAUCAUGGCUUCCUUAAAAAUCCUCACUUGGUUUUGA